AUGGCUUUAUCUACGCCUCUCCAUCAGCCAAAUGUCGAGGUCCAGCAGGCGAAUACCCCAGAUGAACCUCAGUUCAAUAUUCUAAAUACAACAAUAUUCCCUACGGAGACCGUUGGCCUAGAUCAAUCUCAGUCUCGCCUGACGGAGUUUCAUGAAUUCUCUCGUUUCCCAACCGAGAUCCAGCUGCGUAUCCUGGAGCUUAUACCGUCGCCCAACACCAAGCGACUGCUCACCAUCCACCUCCAUGAAGACCCAAGAAUUGAUGAAGAGUCUCGAAGCUCAUCACCGCAGAGAUCUUUGUAUACAGAAUCAAAUGAUUUGGGAAAUGUCAUCAGCGGGUUUAGAUAUCGCGUUACACUACCUCACCCUCCUAUUGGUAGCAUCUUGCUCCAAAUUUGCCAUAAAUCCAGAGAGUUAGCCCUUCGAAGAUAUCGUAUCCGCCUUCCCAUGAAUCCCGGGAAUCCCUACAACAACGAGUAUCUUUACAUCGAUCCGGAGAAAGAUGCUCUCUACCUUGACUCAUUCCACGUGUUGCCUUCAACUCUGGCUGCCUUCUUGCACGAUCUUCGGGCAUACGAUGAUCAAAGAAGCGGCCUCUGCAACCUCGCAAUCAACACCCAAUUUGAUGAUAACCUCGGGCUUCUGCAUUCUGCUACCCCCGACUUCUUGCAGCCAGCGGAGGUGGAAUCAUUUAAGCAAAGUCUUAUGGCCCUGGAGCAUCUAUGGUUCAUCCACCUGCUCGAUAAUGACAACAGAUACACGUCCCCACCACCAACGCAGCCAUUUACCGGCCUCAGUUCGUUCUCUGUUUUCAAAAGACCAGUCGCUCACGCUGUGCCUCUUUUUGCCGAAGCUUCUGAGUUCCAUCUCAUGCCCGCCGACCCUCGCCAGCUUAAGCCUUCCGACUUUGAGCUGGUGCGCUUCUCCAAAUAUUGUAGCCCAAAGGCUGGGUGCCUUCAGUGGGAACGCAUGGAGAAUGCAUUGGGCAUGACGGCAGAGAAUGGAUCGCUGCCACAGCGCGAGAUCUCGUAUGUGAUUGCCGUUGACGCAACGGCAAACCACUCCGUGUGCUCGCACCGAGAGCACAGCCAGUGCAGGGAACACUCUGUACGCAGCAUCAGUUCCUUGGAAACUUAUCUAGCAAGGGAGGGGCACAAAGAGCUGUACCAGGUUGGCGGCUUAAAUGAGACCGAGAAGCCGCAGGAGGUAUCAGUUGCAGGCUUCUGGGUCUUUCCAGUGGAUGUGCUUGAUGGGCAAGAACCUCAUCAUGCUGGAGUGCAUUCCGACAUGGAUGUAGUAGAUUUCUCCAACAGAAGCCCAGCGCUAGGUUUCUGA